GCGAGGCACAGCCGGCACAGCCGCGGCGAGGCAGGCCGUGCAGCCAGCGCUCCGCGAAGCAUCGCACACUCCCACACGCCGGUACACUCGUUUGGAUAUGCAGUGCCUGCCCGCUGUUGGAGCCAGGUGUCAUGAGUAGGGUGGCCAGCCUCCCCACGGCGCCACCAGUGCUACCUGUCCCUGUGCUCCGCGGUGCAACCCACCGCCCCGACGCCGCCCGGCCACCGCAUCGCGUGCAUCGCCCUUGAGGACCCCAGCAGGACGCCAUGGAGGUCGUGGCUGGAGACCUGCCCUUCCAGCGGCGCAACGUGGUGGAGUGGUCCCACCGGGACCGACUCACCGGCGCGCUGGAGCGCGCGCGCAGGGAGACCAACCACUGGUCCGCCAGCACGGCCACCGCCAUCCACAACUACGGGAAGGUCGUGGACCACCGCGCCCUGAACAUGGCCGACGGCCGAGUGCAGCAGACCCAGCGCAAGCAGCUGGAGGUGUUCUCCACGCAGGUGCCUGGGGGCUCGCUGCAAGUCAUCCGGUCGUCCACGACGUCCUCGUCCAGGUCCUCCGUCCAGUUCACCCAGAUGAGUGGCGGGACGUGGGCCUCCGUGCCAGACGUCGACAGCGGAUUCGGAGACCUCCAGCUGUCGCUGCACCCGCUGGACCUGAGCUCCGAGAAGACCAAGGCGAGCGUGGGCCGCUCCAUCGGCUGGCGACGGCCGCCGACCCGCGCGCCGCGCGGCAAGCCGCAGCCCGACGCCGCCAACGAGAAGCACGUCGAGAUCACCGUCGAGGAGGACGACGACAAGCCGAGCGACGGCGCCCCCAUCAUCUCCUUCCCCAGCGACGACGACAGCAGCGACCGGACGACGUCCGCGUCCGUCAUCAGCGCCGUCACCCGGCACUCCAUCGCCGAGUCGCGCAAGAGCUGCUCCAGCGAGAACCUCAGCAAGGUGGCGGACGCCGAGGCCGCCGACGGCGGCGUCAACGGCUUCCUGGGCCGGUCCUCCGUGCUGCGCCGCUCGCUGCAGUACACGCGGCCGCCCGACUUCCCCACCGGCAGCGGCGCCAGCGUCAGCGUCAGGAGGAUGAGGGAGGAGAUUGAGGCGCGCGGCGUCCAGGUCGGCGGCCAGGUCGGCGGCCAGGUCGGAGCGGCCCCCGCCCCCGCGGCGCCGCAGCCCCCCAGCGCCGUGCCCAAGGAGGAGACCCUGGACAAGGUGAAGCGCCUCGUGAGCGACUCCAUCGCCACGCAGAACCACUCCUUCGUGACGGUCAAGUCGCUGGCCGAAGUCCGCGGCCGGCUACGCAGCAAAGCGGUCGACGCCAAGCCCGCCAACGGCGAGGACGCGGACGCGGCGCCGCAGUCCUACGUGUUCGGCGUGAAGGACGUCAAGGACGCCAAGGACAAGAUGGUCAACGGCGGCGGCGUCAAGUCCGAGGAGUGGUACCGGCGGAGGAAGUCGUACGGGUUCGAGCCCGACCUGCCUCCCCAAAAUCAGGAGCUGAUUUCGCUGAAGGAGAGCAAGGAGGACUCGUGGAGCGACAGCGGAUCCACCUUCAAGACGACGGCGGCCUUCUCCGUGUCGCCCCUGCUCAAGCACCUGGACACCAUCAAGCGGUCCAAGGACGCCGCCAACCAGAUCGCCCGGCCGGCCAGCCUGUACGACAAGGCGGACUCGGCCGUGGAAGAGGCGCCGCGGCUCGAGGACGCCGACAAGGCCCCCAAGAAGACGGUGGUCAAGCUGGUCGGCGAGGACUCGGACAUGGACCGGCGCCGCGACCUGCUGCGACGCCGCGCCGAGCGCAACGGGCGCAACCUCACGGAGCCCGUGAGCGUCAGCAUCCCCGUGGUGGCCAACGACGCCGUGACGGUGAAGGCCGAGCCCGCGCUCAUCAUCAAUGGCUUCCACUACGACGACGACGCCAAGGAGGACAAGCGGCACUCCAUCGCCGUGGUGGACAUGGAGGAGGCCGUGCGCGACAAGCUGGGCCACAGCGCCUACCUGUCGGACUCGGCCGAGGACGCGGCCGUCGCUAAGAACAAGAAGAGGGUCGAGUUCAGCAAGACGGAGGUGCACUUCGCGGCCGAGCCGGGCCGUUUCAACCUCGUGUCCACCGACGACAAGCCGCCGCCGACGAACAUCGUGCGCGGCCGCCGCCGCCAGAAGCUCCUCGCCGAGCAGCGGAUCGCCAUGAACCGCAGCGGGCUGCCCGAGGUGCGCUUCGGCGACGAGCAGAAGGCCGCCGACGACGACAAGCCCGCCAAACCCACGGGGGUCAUCACCGUCACCAUGGAGGGCAAGCUGUCCCCGGACGCCAGCGAGCGCCUGCAGCAGCACCCGCUGGCCAAGAACGCCGCCAAGGACGACGGCGUGGUGAGGUGCACGGUGAGUGCGGACCCCGACAACGUCGUGCCCAUGUGGCGGUCCACGGUCACGCUCAAGAGCAACUCCUUCGCGAACGCGAACGAACGAAAGAGCGACGGCGAGGCCGAGUUUCAGAGACUACUCAAGUCGCUGAGGCCAACCGGCAAACGAGGGAUCUCGAGCGUGGAGCCAGUCCCCGAGAUCACGGUCACGACAUCUCGUUCGCCCACCGUUCGGCCGAAAGGGUUCUCAACCACGGUUAACGUGGGCCCCCCGGAGACGAACGGCGUCGACAGAGACCCCGUCGCCUUCGUGUCCCAACACACCGUUAGUCGCGGUGCCUCAGAACAAAAGUCAGCCCUCCAUAGUUUAAAAUUGAGCCGGCUCGCGCCGAUGCUCGCGCCGCUUGUGCUGGAGUCCACCCCACUGGUGCUUCUCGCUAACAACAACAACAACAGGCCUCGCAGGCGGGCGCGCGCCGCGCCGCGCAGGUCGCUGGCGAGUCAAGGCAGCGAGGACGAGGACUUGAGUGACGAUUCCCUGCAGGCGGACGCAGAAGUGCGGUCCUACAUGGUAGAAAAGUCCCGCCUGGUCGCCCACUUAGAUUUGUCCCCGCAGGGUCGGUUCACCCCUAGCCCCGAGCUAGGGUCGCCGCGCCUGCCGGGCCUGCACGCCGCGGUGGACGCCUGUGACUCCAGGGACUCCAGGGAGAAGGCCAGCUACCGCCACCACGCCUCCAAGGCCGAGCGGCUGGUGCAGCAGGACGCCGCCCCCGCAGCACCCACACUGGAACGGCUGGCACGGCUGGAACCGCCUCGCGUCUCGUCGCCGAACAGCGUCUACGUCGUCCCGGAGCAGCGGAGGAGUGGUUUUACCGCCGUGCUCGAACCCCGAUCGGACUUCCGCACGCCGAGCCCCGUGCUGCCCAAGUCGUUCUCGCUGGUGGACAGCGUGGCCAGGAAGACGGACCCUCAGAGGGACGCGGGGCUGGCGGAGCGGACCGUGUCGGUGCGCGAGCUGCUGACCCGGAUGGCCAAGGCCGAGAACAAGGUGGACGCCAUGGUGGACGCCCAGGCCAAGAAGGAGAGGAUCAUUGAGGUGGUGGCCGCGGCCACGGACUCGGCCAGCGAGUCGGACGCGCCGGCCCCACACUGGAAGCGGUACUCGGAGGCGGAGCGCGCGGAGCGUGUCAACGGCGGCCUGCCCGUCACGGACUCAGUCAUCUUCGGAGACUACAGGCCGACGUCCCCCGCGGACGUCACCCUGACGUCGACGAGGAGGCUCCAGCCCCUGGGCCGCGCCUCCGUCAAGGACCUGCUCAAGGAGGGCGGCGCCGUGCGCGCGCUGGGCCGCUCCACCGUCGUCGACGUGGCCAAGGACGAGGGGGCCUCGCCGCGGGUGCGGCAGCCACGGCAGCCCAGCCCCUUGGUGCCCCAGGUGGAGCUCCUGGAGGGCAGGGAGCUCCUGCACAGCCGCGCGCAGCCCGGCGGCCUCGGCCACCACGUCGACGAGGUGGAGCGCUUCCUCCGCAGCGAGCGCGACCACCACGACCACCACCACGACGAACGGCGGCCGCGGAGCAGGGCGGACGACCGCGCACGCCGGCCGCGCAGCCGAAGCAGGGACGCGGAGAACCAUCGACUUCGAGAGCUCGAACGUCGCAGCCCUGGCCUUCGAGAAAUCGAACGCAACAGCCCUGACAAGGAGCGGCUUCGAGAAAUCGAACGCCGCGGCCCGGAGAAAGACCGGCUUCGAGAAAUCGAGCGCCGUAGUCCGGACAAAGACCGGCUUCGAGAAAUCGAGCGCCGUAGUCCGGACAAAGACCGGCUUCGAGAAAUCGAACGCCGCAGCCCGGAGAAAGACCGACUUCGAGAGGUCGAUCGCCGCAGCCCGGACAAACUCUUCAGCGAGCACGGCGACGCGCGGCGGCGACGGAGUCGGGAGGAGCUUUGCGUCAAGGAGGGUCGCCGGCGGAGUCGCAGUCGCGACGAGCUGCUGGACGUGGUGGCGGACCGCGAGAAGCGCUCUCGAAGCCGCGACCCGCAGAGAUCUCGAAGCCGCAGCCAGGACGAGCUGGAAGUGGACCGGCGGCACCGGAGCCGCAGCAGGGACGAGCUCGAAGCACACCGCGAGCCCCAGCACCGGAGCCACAGCCGCGACGAACAUCGGGACCGCGAGCGCAGCGCGGACGCAGAGUCGAAACAACGUCGAAGUUCGACUUUCGAGACCUCGAACCACAGGCAGAGAAGCCGCAGCCGCGACGACCAGAAGCGGGAGGCCGGCGGCCGCAACCGCGAGCACGGCGACGGCGUCAACGGCGACGUCGAGGACAAGAGCCGUCGCCUCGCCGACAAGCUGGAAGCCAGGCUGGAGGCCAAAGUCACUUCCGGCGACCGGAAGCGACCGGAGGCGAACGCAGCGAGGGAGGAGCGGCGACACUGCAAGUGCGCGCACCGCAGCGACCCGCGGGACAAGGAGGCAAAGAACCGCGGCACGGCGGCCGAGCGGAGUCGAACCCACGACAAGGCGUGCCUGCGCGCCGAGGGAAGGCCCAGGGCAGAGCGAGCCGGCGACAAGGACAAGGACAAGGCCGAGAAGGUGGUGCGGAAGACCCGCUCCCACGUCGCCGCCAUGGCCAGCCCCAUCGCCAGCCUGGUCACCAAGCCGUCCAGGCGCCAGAACGAUUCGAAGAAGUCCGGAGACAUUCACAUUGUCAUCGAACCGAUCCGACCCGUGCGUCGAGCUGUUGCCCCCGCCAAACAGUCGAGUGGCUCUGUGUCCUCGCCUCACUCCAAAGCCCCAGCGAAAGCUGUGCUUUCCCAGAAACGCUCUGCGGGCACUGUGUCGGACAGUAAUUCGAGUCUGUCUCAAGGGAGGGCCGCGGGCAACCACCUUUCGGUCAGCGAGGCGACGAGGCCAGCGCGGAGGAACCACAGAAAGCACACGAUCGACUCGUAGGGAGUGACUGAACUAAAGACUUAAACCCUUCUUACAUCCUCACAUGAUACUCACAUGUAAAAUGUAAUGCGCCUCUCCAUGGCGCUCAAGUCGCCGGUACUUGUAGUGAUAAUGACAAAUCCUAACUGUAAUAUGUAUAUGCGCCCAGACUGUAACCCUUUGUUUUUGUUUUUGUUUUAUUCUUCUUGCCCAGUAAUUGCCGUAAUUACGAGACUUAAUGAUAUACUCGCUCUCUCAUGAAUCGCCUUGUUGCAUUUUUUUUUCAUGCCAAAUUUGAACAUUUUCAUGACAUUGGUUUAACCUCGCCUGUCAGGCACAAUUUAUUCAAUGGAAAUGAGGACUGACUGGUAAUUUGUACAACAAAUAAAUUAAUUUGCUCAUGUUGUUA